UAUAAUAAACCUGAUAGCAUUACAGAAACCAAGGAUGAUAAUGAUAUUAGCCAUCUUACUGAGGUUGAAGAGAAAUUUAAUAAUUCUGUCAACACAAAAGAAAUCUGUCGUGCUUAUGUUUAUUUUUGCUCAAAUUUUGGUGGUUUUUCUGUUAAUAAAGUUCUUGACUUACCACCAACUUUUCAAUCCUUGGAAUUCUUGCAUUUUACUUGUAUUAAUAAGUUACAGACUCACUUGAUAUCACUUGAUUUAUUAGAUGGAUGUUUUAACUCCAUAAUAGUCAAAAUAGCUCUGGAGAAACGAAUUCAAAUAUGUGGAUUUAAUAAUUGGAUGGAAUUUCGCGUUGAACCAAAAACAAAAUUAAAUGGUCUUAUUGAUGCAUAUAAAUUAAUGUUUGAGAAAUUUCCAGUUGAUGGCUGCGUCAAACCUGAGCAAAAUCGUCCUCUUAAUUUGAGAAUAGUUCUCGAUAUUGAGAAUCGGGAUAAAACCGAUCAAUAUCAAGAAAAGUUUGAGGAAUACAUUUCUGAAUCCUUUGAAGAUUUGAAGAGUGCCACAAAAAAGCCCACAACAGUUCUAAAAAAAAUUUCUACAUUAGUUAUUACCUUCGAGGAACUUGAUAUUAAAAGUGUAAAAUUUCAAAAGAAGUAUUCAUCAGAAUAUCAAUUAGGAGAUUGGAUUAUUCAACUAUGUUGUUUAAUUCCUAUACAAAUUGCUGUAGCAAGAAAUAACUUGUUUCUACCUCUCAAGGAUGGAUUGUUUUCAAAUUUUGAAUUUGAUGGUUAUGGUCAUGUAAAUAAUAUUGCAGAAAACAUUUCCUUUGGGUGGUAUGAAGGAAUAUUCAAACAUUUCAGUGACAAACAAGUAAAAGUUGUUUCUAGUAUGGGUGAACAAUCAUGCGGAAAAUCGUUCAUGCUAAAUCAUCUUGUUGGAACUUCCUUUGAUGGCUCUGCAAUGCGUUGUACUGAGGGAGUUUGGAUGUCGCUAGAAUUUCUUUAUGUCGCACUUGAUUUUGAAGGUUUAAAUUCUCUUGAGAGAAGCGCUCAAGAAGACCUAUUUUUAACACUUUUUAAUACUAUAAUAUCAAAUCUCAUACUCUUUAAGAAUCAAUUUACAGUUAAUAGAGAUAUUUCUUCAAUGUUUCAAAGAUUUCAGGACGGUGCAAUGUUAUUUGAAUCCGAUCCAAAAUUAUUUCAGGCAAAACUUUGUGUUAUCAUAAAAGAUGUGCCUAAAGCCGAUAUAGAAGACAUUAUUCAAGAAUUUAAGUUAAAGUUUUCUCAAUUAGUUUCAGAGGAAGUUGGAGAUAAUUUUAUUUCAAGAAUGUGUCGAGGUGGAUUGGACAUUAUCACUUGGCCAAUGUUUAAUGAUAAUGCAUGGUUUAAAGCAUUAUCAAUAUUGAAAAAAAAGCUAUAUAAACUGGAAACAAAAUAUGACAAUGCAAGAACUUUCCUGCAAAAUACAAAAGUACUUAUGGCUAAAUUAAAGAUUUGUGAUUGGGGAUCGUUAAAUGAAAACCUCACACAAAUCCGUGUUAUAUCAUUAAAAAAGUUGCUAAUAACAGUAAUCUCUUAUGCCAAAUUAUCUGAUAUUUUACGAGACUUCAAAUAUUCCGAUCGAAUAUUACCGGAUUCUGGUCUCCAAUUGUAUGGAGAAUACGAAUCUUUUGCCAAACUUUCUGAAUAUUUAAGAGCUUACUUUGAAGAAAUUGUAAAGCUGCGGAAAGACUCGUCUAAUGAUGCCAAAUGGUUCUCCGACUUAAAUAGAUUUAUUAAGUAUAUUAUAAAUCGUCGAGUUUUACGUGUUCAAGAUUGGUAUUUGCAGAAUACAGCAAAGUUUUCUCAAGAAAAUAAAACAAACAGUGACAUCGUUUACGGUAAAUAUGCAAUGGAGCAAGAAAUAAGCAAACUAAUGUCUUUAUGGACAUUGUGUGGAUUAACAUGUCAUCAUUGUGGUUUAAAAUGUGUUAAAAAUCGUGACCACGAAGAAAAUCAUGAUUGUUUAACGGAUCACGAGUGUAAAUUUCUUUGCCACUUCACAGUAAUUCACAACAGAAAAUCAGUUCCAACAUGUGGUUAUAAAGCUGGACAUGAAGGUAAACAUGUUUGCAAAGAAGUGAAUCAUUUGUGUGGUGAAUCAUGUAGUCUUAUCGAUAAGCGUAGCUGUCAACAAAUUUGCUCCAAAGAAAUCGGGCAUGUUGAUGAGCAUCUUUGUCCAUCUUCACGUCAUUAUUGUGGAGAAGAUUGUUCAUUAUCAACAAAAACUCAGAAAGGAUAUUACCAUUGUCUUAAUAAAUGCAUUAUUCCAUAUGAAGAACAACAUUGUUUGCACCGCUGUGAAAAUGAGACGUGUCCAAUUCAAUGUCCAAUUUUAGAUUGUCAGAGAAAAUGUCAAAGCAAUAAACAUUUUCACUGUAAUACACACAUGCAAGUUGAUCAUUUUUGUGGAAAUGAACAUCAAUGUCGUGAAUUAUGCGAAGAGGCUGGUAUAUGCAAAGUAAUAAUUGAACCAAAGAAGCAAGAGCAUGAGGAGGUUUAUAAAGGAAAAGUUGAAGGAACUUCUAUUACAUCUACUAAGUAUAUUCAAUCAAGUGAAAGGUUGAGGUGUAACAAAAGAAUUCCUCCAAAUGAAUUUAAGCAUGCUGGAAAGCAUACGCAUAAUGCAAGAGAUGACCUUACACAAGAUGGUUUUCAUUUUUGUGAUGUAAAAUGUCAAUUCUGUGAAUAUUUUUGUACAUUACCUUAUGAGCACACACAAGUUCAUAGCACGACGCAUGGAAAUAUGAUACAUAGUGAGUUCACUGGAUAUGCAGGAAAUAAAUUAAGAAUCGGUGAUCAAGGAACUUUUGUUCUUUGUAAUCUGUUUUGCAAAAAUUUAGGAAGACAUUAUCAUAUUGAUUAUUGUCAGAGUCAAGAUAUUUGUCAAGGACAAGAUAUACAGCAUAUUAAUGAACAAAUACAACCUAAUCCUAGCAUACCAAAAGAUUUCAUUUCUCACAAAUUGUUCUGGGAAAGAGCAGGUUUCAAAGAUCCAUAUUCUGCUCAAGAACAACAAGAGUUUGCGAAAUGUGAUCAGAU